UCUUAUCAUAAGCCGCCUUCACUGACCGAGAGACGCCGUUUUCUCUCUUCCAUUUUCCUUCAAAACCCUCAAUCUCUCUUCCCAUUUCCUUAUACUCCAACCAUGUCCGCUUCAUCCCAAACUCCGAUCGACGAGCCGCCUUCCGCCGAUGAUGAUUCUUCCAAAGCCGUCAGCAAGAAAGCCGCCAAGAAGGAGGCUGCCAAGCAAGAAAAGCUCCGACGUCGCCAAGAAGCAGCUGCAGAAUCUGCUAUUUCGUCUCUCAACGUCGAGGACGAUCCGCUUUCCGCUAACUACGGCGAUGUACCACUCUCCGAUCUUCAAUCAAAGGAGGUUAAGAGUAUUGAAAACUGGACUCAGGUUGGCUCUUUGACGCCGGAGCUUAAAGACAAGUAUGUGAUUCUACGGGGUCGUGUUCAGACGAUUCGUGCUGUUGGGAAGAAGAUGGCGUUUUUGGUGGUGAGAGAAAAGGGAUUCACCGUGCAAUGCGUUUUGUCGGAGCAGCCGGAGCUUGUUAGUCGCCAGAUGGUGAAGUAUGUUGAUGGAUUGAGCCGUGAGUCCAUCGUUGACGUUGAAGGAGUUGUGUCUGUGCCCAAUGUUGCCAUUAAAGGUGCUUCGCAACAGGUGGAAAUUCAAGUGAGGAAAGUAUAUUGCAUCAGUAAGGCAAUGCCGACUUUGCCUAUAAAUAUCGAAGAUGCUGCCCGUAGUGAAGCUGAAAUUGAUAAGGCCUUGCAGGCUGGUGAGCAACUGGUACGUGUUAAUCAGGAUACGCGUUUGAACUACAGAGUCCUUGAUAUGCGAACUCCAGCUAAUCAAGGGAUUUUUCGCAUCCAAUGUCAAGUUUCAACGAUGUUUAGACAAUUUCUGUUGGAUGAGAACUUUGUUGAAAUCCACACUCCAAAAUUGAUUGGAGGUUCUAGUGAAGGUGGUGCUUCUGUUUUUAGGUUGGAUUACAAAGGCCAACCUGCUUGCCUGGCUCAGUCACCUCAGUUACAUAAGCAAAUGGCAAUCUGUGGUGACUUUGGGCGUGUAUUUGAGAUUGGUCCUGUUUUUAGAGCAGAAGACUCAUACACACACAGACAUUUAUGUGAAUUUACAGGACUUGAUGUUGAAAUGGAAAUCAAGACUCACUAUUCUGAGGUCAUGGACAUUGUGGACCGUUUAUUUGUUGCAAUGUUUGAUAGUUUGAAUGAAAAAUGUAAGAAAGCGCUUGAAGCAGUUGAUAAACAGUAUCCCUUUGAACCUUUAAAGUAUUUGCGAAAAACUCUACGACUUACAUUUGAGGAAGGAAUUCAAAUGUUGAAGGAUGCUGGCGUCGAAAUUGAUCCUCUUGGGGAUCUUAAUACAGAGGCUGAGAGAAAAUUGGGACAACUCGUCUUAGAGAAAUAUGGCACGGAGUUCUACAUUCUUCACCGCUAUCCUUUGGCUGUACGGCCAUUCUACACUAUGCCUUGCUACGAUAACCCAACUUACAGUAACUCAUUUGACGUCUUUAUUCGAGGGGAAGAAAUCAUUUCUGGGGCUCAGCGUGUGCACGUGCCAGAGUUUCUAGCUGAACGCGCUCAAGCAUGUGGCAUUGACGUAAAAACAAUAGAAACAUAUAUUGAUUCAUUCAGAUAUGGUGCCCCUCCGCACGGUGGAUUUGGAGUAGGUUUGGAGCGGGUGGUGAUGCUGUUUUGUGGUUUGAAUAACAUUCGCAAAACAUCAUUGUUCCCUCGUGAUCCACAGAGGAUUGCUCCAUAGGAAUUUCACAAGUAACGCUGCAAUUCCAGUUUUUGAAAUAUACAUUUUGUUCCCUUCUUUCUAUCUUUCUUUCUCCCUUCAUAGGAAAGGAAAACAAACAAAUUUCUGAUAUACUGAUUAUCGUGGUUUACUGAAUAACAAUUUGUUUUCAUCGUUGCGAAUUUUCCAAGGUUGUUUUGACAACCGUUACUUCAUGUAGAUUUUUGUUAUAGUUUUCUUUGUUUGAAAUUGAUAAUUUGACAAAUUCUCCAAGUCAAAA